AUGGAAGUAUGUUCAUCUAAACUCAAUUGGCUUAUACAUAUUAAGAAAUUAUUCUAAAAAGAUAGCAUUCUAAGCAUUUCUGAAUUGAUUAGUUAAUUAAAAGAUGAAACUAUUAUAGAAUCUACAAAUUUCUAAGAUGAAUUAUUUUCUUUAGAUGAAGUUAUUGAAGAAGUAUAUAAAUUCAAGAAAAAACGAUUAACAUAUGAUGAUUUCUUUUAAAUUAUUGGUAAUCUACAUUAAUAGGAUCAAUAAUUAUCUACUUGUGUCAAUUCUCUAACUGAUUCUAUUAAUGAUUUAACCUUAAGUGACACUAAAGUUAAAUAAGAAAUUAGACUAUCUUAUAAUGAUCCUACAAAACUUAUUAAAACAUAGCAAAAUUGUAAAGUUGCUCGACUAUCUAAGAGUCCUAGAUUAAAAAUAGAAAAUCUGUAGGAAGCUUAAAAGAAAUUAUUAGCUAAAAUAACUAAUAUUGAAAAUUAAAUUGAAAAUGUAUGUAUAGUAAAUAUAUUUCAAAGCAGAAAUAAUAGCAUUAAUUAAAAAAGCCUCAUUAACUCUUAAUUAAAGAAUUAUCCAAAUAGUUAACAUAAAAUUCCGAUGAAAUUUUACUUAACGGUGUGUAAAAUUUUACAUUAUAAGAUUUCUAUCUUGUUUUUCAUAAUCUUAAUAAAGCAAUUUUUAAUAUUUAGAUAUUAACAUUUUAAGAAAGAUGUUAAGAAAUACGAGAAGUCGCUAUGAUUUUUUAAAAUUUAUAAGCAUUAAGCAUAAAUAAUCUUAAUAUUAAAGAACUAAAAUUAGAAGAACUCACAGAAUUAAAAGUUUUGUCAGUUGCUGGAAAUUAGUUAAAAACUUUAGAUGGCUUGCCUCCUAAUUUGAUUGAACUUUAUGUUUAAAAUAAUCAAAUAUCUACACUUUCAAAUACUAAAUCUCUCAAGAUCUUUAAUAUAAGUGCAAAUAAUCUCAUUUAAUUGAAUCAAUUAACUCAUAUUAAUAAAUCCUUAGAAUUUAUUAAUUGUAAUCAUAAUAUCUGUGCAAAUUCCAAAGAUUAUAAAAGACUACUAUUCAAAAUCUUUCCAAAUUUAAAAGGUGUUGAUAAAGAAGAUUUAUUAUUACAUUCUACUAUACACUAGCCUGGUUUUCAUUAUAAAAAAAAUAUCAUGGAUUUUUCCUUUAGUUAAUCCUGA